GUUGUGCGGUCCAUCUGCGAGAAAAAAUCAUGAUCGUGAAAAGCGAGAGGCCUAGUUGAUUCCUUCGACAGAACGUUUAGGCUAUCAAUACAAAACAGAAAUAAACGCAGCAACAGAUGGUUGGAAUCUCGUGGUGAUGCCACUCUGACGCGGUUGCUUAUCGAUCAUGCGAGGCUGUCGUCGCGGCGACGACCGGAAAAAGCGGAUACUUGAGUCGAUGUGGGACAUGCUUGAGCCAUUGCGGCAAGUCAAGCGCGCCAGCCGUGACGGAGCUAGCUUUGGGAGAGCGCGAGUCCUCUGGGGGGCGAACAUACUUUCGGGAUUUGGCCUCGUGGCCGUGCGUGUCCUCAUGAGGGCGGACAUGCUGUUGGGAUUUGUCCUAGUGGUCGUAGGAGAAUGGGCGCGCGCAGCUGUCACCAGCUCCCCUUCCGGCGCGCUCCUGCAGCAAGAGAUCGCGCUCCUGCAGGAAGACCUCAGACUCACAUUAAGGCUCUCUCCUGUUCAUCGUCGGCAACGACUUUGUAGGCGUAUAUUUCGUACUAUGAGCAAGGGGCAGCGAGCCUCAUUCGGGCCCUCUGACUUGAGCAAAUGUAUCUCACGAAUGGAGUGUCUAAGAAUGGAGUCGCGAAUCGAAGAGCUGGUGCAGCUGCGCGAGAACCUCCCGGACGACUCACCGCUCCUGGCGCAAAUCAAUGUCGACGUAGAAGAGCUGUUGGACCCGUAUGUUAAGGCUGGUGGAAGAUGGCUGAUGAUACACGCGCCCAGUUGUGGCAGUCGUGCUUGAUGUGAUAUUGCCUGAGAAGCGUCAGCCGCUUCUCAGGUCUAAGAACUUCGCGCAUCUCCCAACGGACAUCCCGGAGGAUUGGCUGUUUCUUCGUUAAGGCCGAGUGCAAAUGAUGAUAGCUUUAACACCGAGUUAGGUGAUAUUUCGUUUUUCUAUUCCGUCCUCUUCCGCACUUUGCUCGUGCUGGUGCGAGAGUAAAGGCAAGACGUGUUCGGCAAGAUUGCGCCUCUAAUUUUCGUGGCGCAGCGCGAAAAGCCUUGGCAGGAAAGCCCUGGGAGAUAUAGCUGAUGCUGAAAAACCAAAGGCAUCAGCUGGUGUAGCUACUCCAGGUGUGCAGACCGUGCUUUUACCCGUGGCAAUGGGCCAAACGCCAAGAAAUAGCCUAGCGAUAUUGGAGUACAAUUCACACGACGGAAGUGGGACUCUCUUUUCAGCUGAAGGUGAGCAGCUACUGUCAUUCGCAGCGCAAGAGCAGAGUCCAGCUGAGCAAGAGCAGACGGUGAUGGACAAGUCACAACUGACCAGAAGUGAGCAGCCCCUUCUUGCUGGUGGGAUCGUCACGGGUAUGACGAAUUUGGGGUUGUUGCAGUGGGCAGUGAUUACGGAUCCGUGAAGAAGAUGGUCCUGGUGUUUUCACAUAUAAUAAGCCAAAGCGCUUCAUCUUUUCCAUUGACCUCUAACUCGAACCGAGGGGACUUGACACAUGGAAGUUUGAGAAGCGGUGAGACUAGUUUUGUAGUGCGCCGCGGACGGGAGUACCAGGUAGUGGCCUUACGUAUACAACCCACAAGACGACGAAGCAGCGCGGUGGCGGCCAAGAGUUCUAGAAAAGGCAAUAGCAAGGACACAUCCUUCAAUAUCUCAACCUCUUCUGGUCUGGGCGCAGGAGGUGAAGCCGGUUUCUCCGCAACAGCUGCUAGCGCUUCUCCGUCAGAACAACAGAACGAGAAGAAAAGUGUGUAUUUUGGAGUUGGCUCUUUUACGGUAUCUCCCUGGGAUGAGAUGUUUGCUGAUACGGGUCUUGACGUAGCAAAGUAUACUCAGUCUGGCCACGCGUCAGUUUCAAGUGCGAAUUUCCGAUUAGCCGCGCCGUUUCUAACAGUCGCGCGACCAACACUGAAAAGUAGUAGUCUCCGGAACGAUACUAGUCAGUCGAGUAAGAUAUGUUCGAAAUCUACGGAUGAAAGUGUUUUAAACGAUCCACAUGCAGGUGCCGAAGAAGUUAGUUCAGCAUCGACCUCGGCGCAUGAUGCCGCCUCUGCUGCUGAUCAUUCGCCCUCUGACCAGCAGGAGCAGGUGAGUGACGACGAAAUAGAGAGACGUGAAACUCCCUUGGUUCAAGACGUGGUAAUGCGCGGCAACCAGUUGUAUAUUACGGAAACCAGCGGCGCUUUCGGAGUGGGAAGGAUGAACGGGGACGUUCUUUUUCGAGAGGGAAAGCUUUGCAAGUCUGGCGGGCCGGCGAGAAUCACAGAAGAGAGUUUUCACCGAUCUCAAACUCGAAUCCUGGUUACAUGUCCCAAGGAGAAUCGAAUAUAUUAUGGCACGACCAGAAGAGCAAGCCUUCUCGAUCUGGAUCUGCAGUAGUUGUAAACAGAUCAGCAUCAGUGACUGAACAUGAACGCAACACUAGUGAACGUGAAGCAAUCUCAUGGCCAGGAUGAACACGUCUUUUGAGGUGUUUAAAUCUAGACCACCCUCCUUCCUAGCAUCUGGCUCAGCUUCAUACUCGUCUUUUUCUGGAGAACAAGAGGGCGAUCCGGGACAUUACACCUUUAGGGGUAACACAGCAGCUAGCUGACACGCCUGCAAUAUUCGACCAGAAAUCCGGAGGACCUGGCGAGACGCGUGUCAUUGCAGCGUAUUGAAUUUGUUUUCAGCUUGCUGUGCUUGUGAUCUCUGGGUGAUGAUGAUAUUGACUUCUGGUAAAAAUUUUGUUUAUCAGGCACGGCAGUGAAGCAAUUGUAGCCCAUAACGAUACGGAAACGUCGUAGGUCGGACAUACACACUAUUUGACAUAAGUUUUUCAGUCAGGAACAGGUAUGCAGACAUGGUUGUUUCGUAUUUGUUGACGACCGGGGAGAAAAUUUGGGGUAUCCGCCAUACCGGGCUGAGCUCCCUUUCGAUGUUGCGACGCUACUUGCUUGUAAGGAGACAUGAACUUUCCUAAAAUUUCUUGGUUCGUUUUCAGGAGACUUGAAACUACAACAAUUUAACUUGAACCUCUGGGUCUUGCAACAUCUAUCUUGAUUGAGAUCUUGUCUCGCACUUGUUCUAAUUUUUGCCCAUAAGGCGGGGGAAAAAAAGUUGCUGCUGUUCAAUGUGACAUCGGACGUUAGACAGCCGCUUUUGUGGACGAAGAGGGGCGUCCAAAGCUACGCCAUCGGUAAAACUGUAUCUGAGAAGCAAACGCUGUUGCUGACAAGAUCACGGGAUGAAGCACGACUACCGAGGAUGACGACGGAGGUUUCUGAAGUGGUCUGGCCAGGAGCACUGCCUGCGGAGACUGACAGUGCAGACGGAGCCUGGGGCUGGAACAUAUUCUGUAUCUGUUCUUAAUUUUGCUGGCCUCUCGUCUCAACAACUUGUACAAUACUGGUCGCUAAUAGUUUUGACUGUUCCUGUUGUUGAUGACACGACACCAUUGAAAAAGAAAUACCAAUAAAGUAGCCGCGAGAAUUGAUGACCUGGGGAUACUUUUACUACUUACAUGAAUUUCAGCCGGAACACGCGUUCCUGGGUUGCUUCUGAUUUUUGGUGCUGUGCUCUUUUAUCAAGCGAAGUUUGGCAAGCUAAGCCACUUGUCGAUAUCCGGCAUGUUCGGCGGUAAGAGUGCCACUCAAGCGACUCGCUUCGGAGGAGAUUUUAGAUUAAGGCUGGCGACAUUGAUUUAAUUACUCGCCCUAGAAAGAAAGAAGUAGACGAGUUCCUUCGUUCGUAGUUGGGGAGGAAACUGCGACUGCUCAAUUCGCUUUUUCUUUGAUGAAGGUAUCAUUUCUAAUUCAAAACAACGGCAUGGGCAUGUCUAGUAAUUUCAACCCUGGAGCGGGACGUCCUCCGGGUGGUCUGCAUCCUUCUACCAUGUUCAACCAACGACCAGGCGGUUUCGGAGCUUCCCCAUUGGGAGGUGGCCGAAGAGGCGCAGAUCCCAAAACAGCGGAAGUCAUGCGAUCGCUCGGUGAAAUGAAAGGCGAGUUGGACGGCCUUCGGCAGCGGAUCGGACAUGUCGGCACCAUUAUGGCCACCACUAAGAACAUGUUAUCUUGAUGAUCUAAAAUUGUGGUCACUAGUAUACCGCACCUCCAGUACAUCUACUGAUCAGGACGUCAAUUUAUCAUGUGCUAGCGCAUUGAGUAAACGAUGAGAGUUCGAUCGCGCUAAGUCAUGCGUACAUGCGGCUGCGGAGGAAAUGGACGAGGGUGGAGCCGACAUGGACGAUGUUGAGGGUUUGCUGGACUGAGGGUAGACGCCAUAAAGAAAAACAGUUUUAAGUAGAGCGUCCCUCUAUGGAAGCAACACACACGCUCGAGCUCCAGCACUGUCCUAGUACGGACGAUCCGAUCAAUUUGAAAAGUAUUUUCAACUUCUUCCAGUAGUAUCAUCAACGACACGAAGAACGUGCGAACGACGAGGGAAAUGAGACAGAAUGUAAUUUUUUCAAUAAUCAAUUUUAAAAAUGCGGUCUUGCUCGAUAAGUGACUGGACACUUGUGCCAGUGUAGUGAGC